AUGACCCACCAAACCCAUUCGUACCAUAUAGUUAACCCAAGCCCUUGACCCCUAACAGGGGCUCUCUCAGCACUCCUCACAACAUCAGGACUAGUGAUAUGAUUUCAUUUUAACUCGAUAUUCCUUCUAACCCUAGGUAUAGUAACCAACGUACUAACUAUGUAUCAAUGGUGACGAGAUAUUGUCCGAGAAGGGACAUUCCAAGGCCACCACACUCCUACCGUCCAAAAAGGCCUACGAUACGGAAUAAUCCUAUUUAUUACAUCAGAAGUCUUCUUCUUUGCGGGCUUCUUUUGAGCUUUUUACCAUUCAAGCCUAGCACCAACCCCCGAACUAGGAGGAUGCUGACCCCCUACGGGCAUCACACCCUUGAACCCACUAGAAGUACCACUACUUAAUACUUCAGUCCUCCUAGCCUCCGGAGUCUCCAUUACCUGAGCCCAUCACAGCCUAAUGGAAGGAGACCGCAAACACAUACUCCAGGCCCUAUUCAUUACAAUCUCCUUAGGCCUAUACUUUACCCUGUUGCAAGCCUCAGAAUACUACGAAGCACCAUUUGCAAUCUCUGACGGGAUUUACGGCUCCACAUUUUUCAUGGCCACAGGAUUCCACGGUCUCCAUGUCAUCAUCGGAUCUACCUUCCUUAUUGUAUGCUUCCUGCGACAAUUAAACUAUCACUUCACAUCUAGCCAUCAUUUUGGAUUCGAAGCAGCUGCCUGAUAUUGACAUUUCGUAGAUGUUGUGUGACUAUUCCUGUAUGUAUCUAUCUAUUGAUGAGGAUCUU